AUGGCGUUUCUGUGGGCAGUUGCCUGCCUGGCCCUUGCCAGCACUGUCUCAGGCUGCGGGGUGCCUGCCAUCAGCCCCUCGGUGCACUACAGCGAGAGGAUCAUCAACGGGCAGAACGCAGUGCCCGGCUCAUGGCCCUGGCAGGUGUCCCUGCAGACCCGCUCAGGUUCCCACUUCUGCGGCGGCUCCUUGAUCAACGAGAACUGGGUCGUCACAGCUGCCCACUGCGAAUUCAACCCGUACUCCCACGUCGUCGUCCUCGGGGAAUAUGACCGCGGCUCCAACACGGAAUCCGUUCAAGUGAAGACCGUGGUCAGGGCCAUCACAAACCCCAGCUGGAACCCCCACAAGCUCAACAACGACAUCACCCUGCUGAAGCUCUCCUCGCCCGCCCAGCUGGGACCCCGCGUGUCCCCCGUCUGCCUGGCCCCCGCCAACCUGGCUCUGCCCACCAACCUCCAGUGCGUCACCACCGGCUGGGGACGCACCAACACCAACUCCCAAGCCUUGGCAGCGCGCCUGCAGCAGGUAACCCUGCCCUUGAUCUCCCCGAGACAGUGCAUGCAGUACUGGGGCAACCGGAUCACCAGCUCCAUGCUCUGUGCCGGCGGGGUUGGCGCCUCCUCCUGCCAGGGUGACUCUGGCGGACCUCUGGUAUACCAGAACGGGAACGUCUGGACCUUGAUCGGCAUCGUCUCCUGGGGAAACAGCAACUGCAACGUCCACAUGCCCGCCAUCUACACCCGCGUAAGCCAGUUCCGAAACUGGAUCGACUACGUUGUUGCUCAGGGAUAGAGCCAGUGCCGGAGGGAUCCCUUCGCU